CGCUCCUUCUCUUCCAACUUCUGCUGCCAUUUCUUCACUUGGCGAUGGUUACUCCUGCUCGUUCUGGGCGCCGUCGUCGGGGUCGCCCUCCUGGGAUUCGGGCCGCCGUUAUUGCGCGUGUGCGCCGUGUCGGCAUGCGUCUUCCUCCUGCCGACUCUUCGUCUGGGGUGGCAGCCGCUGGGCUGCGUGAUCAGCUGGCUGAGGUCGACUCAGGGCGGAUUCUCCACCCCGCCGGCCGCUCCGUUCCCGCCGGGCUGCCCGUCAGCGUUCUGACUUGGAGUAGUUUCGUUAUGGAGAGCUUGAUGCUCGCCGUCGGGAGAUUUCGUUGGGGAAGCGAGUCGUUGACUGUACUGUUGGUUCGACCACUACUGUUGGUUCUUCUUCCGCGUCUGACGGCUUCGUGUCUGCUGGUCGGCCCUCUGCUCUGCGAACUGUUGGACACUCUUGACCAACAUCAACUGAGUACACCACAAUGGACGAAGCUUAUCAUUCCCAGAGAGCAUCCUCCAUGGCAAAGCAAGUUAGGAAGAAGGGUAAACAUCCAGCACUGAAUUUUAAUCAUGGAAGCGGAAGUACCUCGGAUGAGAAUUUUAUAGUGUAUAUUCCAAGACGACCAAUGCUUGAAACAGUGAGUGAGACAAUUGGCUUAAAAGUACAAGGGUACACCUGUUGGUACGUUCAUGAAGGUAUGAUACAAGCGUCCGUACUAAUUGCUAUUGGCUUAAAAGUACAAGGGUACACCUGUUGGUACGUUCAUGAAGGUAUGAUACAAGUGUCUGUACUAAUUGCUCUACCACGUCAAAAAGAUAGCUUCAGAGAAUCCUCCAUUACAUAUGAAGGAGAAGCAGCUAAUACAGAAGAUGAAGCAAUGGAAAAAUCAGCUCAGGUGCCCUUAGAAUGCAUCUGUGCAGACUAUAAUAUUUCUAUCAAUGAUCAUAAUUACUAUGCUCUUGAAGUCACAAAGGAAAGGUUGUUUACAGCAAGAGAGAAGGCUCAAACAAAGCAAUGGCAAUUCAAUAUGGCCCACCAGCAAGUAAACACACAGCAAAACGAGUUUGCAAGACAGACAAUGAUUUUGGCAAAGAUAUGCAAUGGCUUCUUUUGAUAUAUUACCAAUUCGUAUGUAUCCCCAGCGCCCAGACAACGAUAAUCCCAUUAUCACAUAUAUAGGCGCGCAUCCUCCCGUCGGACAUAUGAAAGAACUUGCAAAGUCACUUUAUCAUUACAUCACAGGCACCAAUCCCGCAGGAGGAUAUACUAGGAUGAUCUAACCCACUAGCAUCUACUUCUAGCUUAUCUAUACAAUGUGUUUGUGUCUUUGUAUACAGUUCUCUGUCCGCAGCGAACUGUAUGUAGUUUGAAUAAUUUGUUUGUCUCAAGAAUGUGCCACUUUUAAUU